AUGGCAAUCAACUCAAGGACUCAAACUGAAAGCCUUGUGUCUGCUCUCACGAUCAUAAUUUCCUUCGUUAUGUUGACCCAAACUGUGAAGUCAGUUUCUUUCACAUUCCCUAGUUUUGGGUCAUAUACAAAUCAAAAUGACAUUACUUUCCAAGGAGACACCUCUCUUGUAAGAGGAGCUAUAGAGCUUACAGGUGGGGCUCCUAAAAGUGCUGGUAGAGCCUCUUAUGCUGCACCUGUGCAACUUUGGGAUGCCAAAACUGGCAAGCUUGUAAGCUUCACCACUUCCUUCUCUUUUGUUGUUGCACCAAAUGGUCCUGGACUUUUUGGUGAUGGCAUCGCCUUCUUCAUUGCUCCAUUCAACUCUAACAUCCCCCAAAAUUCAAGUGGUGGAUUCCUUGGACUCUUCAGCGCUAACACUGCUUUAAAUGCAUACCAAAAUCAAUUAGUUGCUGUAGAAUUUGACUCCUUUCCUGGGAACCCAUGGGAUCCUUCCUAUUCACAUGUAGGCAUUGACGUUAAUUCCAUUGCUUCAGUGACAACAACCAAAUGGGAAGCUGGAAAUGAGGAAAAUGGGUUUAUUGCCUUUGCUACUGUGAACUAUGAACCUAUAACAAAAAAUUUAAGUGUACUUGUGAGCUACCCUCAUAGCUACGUCAACGGUACUUCAAGUAGCCUUUCAUUUGCGAUUGAUUUGAGGACUAUUCUACCUGAAUGGGUUCGAAUUGGUUUCUCUGGUGCUACAGGACAGUUAGUUGAAAUACACAAGAUUCUUUCUUGGACUUUCAGUUCUAAUUUACUAUAUUUUCCAUCGAAAGGUUAUACCUUUCCUUUAGAAUCCCCAGAAGAAUUUGGUCUUAGAGAUGUCAUCUCUCAUCUCUUCAUUGUGAAAGACCUAUUUCAAGAUGGAAAACAUAUCUUGGACAAAGACGGGAAUUGUCUCUCCUAUCCUUUAGAGAAGUAUCAAAGAUUCAUCACUGCCACUAAUUAUUGGACAAAUUUUGUCAAGCAAAGUUGCACAGAAGAUUUUAAGAUUGCUUCAUCUAGGUCUAAUGUGACCUUUGUACCCCGACAUGUCCUAUGGAAGGCUGCUAGGCUUAAUAAAAAAUGUGGUAUUAAUGAUGGAGUUCAAAAUAUGGAAACCCUUUCACAGGGCGCUCUAAAGGCUGAGUCUGAAUUCAUAGCUAAAAAUGACAUAUUGUCUCAAGCACUUGGUGUAAGAGAGCAUCCUGGUCGUGUGAGAGCUGUUGGUUUUAGAGUGAUCUCAAAAUAUGCACUUGGGCCAGCACCAACAUAUCCAUAUCCAUCAUCUAACAAGUAG